AUGGGGAAUCAUCAGUGGUACAGGAAAUUCAUAACGGAAUGCCCAUCUGGACAGCUCACCUUUUGCGAAUUCAAACAGUUAUUUGGCCUGAAAAACCAAUCUGAAGCUUCAAAAGCCUACGUUGUACGCAUGUUUGAAACAUUUGAUAUGUCCAUCCAUGUCAUCAAUGGAGUAAACUAUGAGAUGUCAGCCGAGGACAUUACCAACAUGGUGUUUGACAAGAUCGAUAUCAGUGGUGAUGGUGAGCUGUCCAUGGAGGAGUUCAUGGAGGGCAUCCAGAACGAUGAGAAGCUGCUGGAGACACUGACCGAGAGACUGCACCUCACACAUCGUCAGCAAGAUCCAGGUCGAGAUAAACCCCAAUUGCUGCAGCACAAGAACAUUUUAUGAGCGCGAGAGCGCGAGCGCGCAGGACAGACUGC